UUUGUCGAUCAAAGAUGGCGGCCGCGCAGUUAACUGAUGAGGAGCUUUUCUCGGAGUUAAAACGCCUCGGGUUCACUCCGGGCCCGGUGACCGAGAACACGCGGCCCGUUUACUUGAAAAAACUCAAGAAGCUGCGGGAGGAACAGCAGCAGCGCGGAUCCAGGUCCGGGAAAACCCGCAGCAGUGGCAGCAUCAACAACAACAGCAGCAGCGGCGGCGGCGGCAGCUACACGGCGGCGGGAGCUGCGGGACUCGGAGCCAGGCCAGCCAGCAAUGACGUCACGCACCUGAGCUCAAGCAGGAGCCCGGGCGGCCGUCCCGCUCCGGACGAAAAGCGCUCGGCCAGGGGGAGCAAAUUCCUUCUUGGCUUCAGCUCCGACGAAUCGGACGUUGAGGUCGGUCAGAAGAAAGGAGGCCCGCAGCACGGCAGUAGGAGGAACCGAGGGUCUGGACAUCAACAUCAGCUACAGCAGCAGCAGUUAAGGCCUGUAGCAACACCCACCGCCUCUCGCAGGAGUCAGGGAUUAGGCGUGAGUAGCAGCAUUGGUAGUUCCUCUCUUGGUUUGUUGGAGGGGAGAGGAGGCGCCUCACUGUCUCUUUGGUGGGGUGACAGAGAGAAAUCGGGCAUCGGGCUCUCCCAGGCUAAAGAAACAGAGGGAGGAGGUUGUGGGGAUACGGAGGAAGAUGAUUUUGAUGAGGACGACGAUACAGAAAGGGACACUCGGGCUCUGAAUGGCAGUGGGGUUUCCUACACUUUAAACAGUAGCAAACUCAGAGGGGAUUAUUCCGACUCGGACGAGGAGGAAGACGACGUCUUAUCGGCAAAGGAAAUCGGAAAAGGAAAGCACGAUCGGCGACUGCCUUCCAGACGGAGCCUGUCUAAAUCACUGCCGUCUCCCUAUAAAAGUGCGAGGGGGGUGGAGGACGGCCAGGAAAAGAGAGGAGGCGGCGUAGUCAGAGCAAAUGACAAGCCUGUGGGAGACCGGGAGGAGGACGAGGAAGGGGACGAGAGGGAGAUAAGCAGAGGAGAGACGGUGUGGAGCUUCGGCUUGCGGAACCGCGGCUACCCCUGGAGAUCCGGCAGUAUGGGAGAAGGCGUCACAGACGGCGCCAGCGGCGGUCCCUCGGCGUACAACAAUAAUCAUGUCGACAGCGGAAACGGAGGCGACGGCAGUAGUAGGUUCAGCAUCGGGAUAAAGCCGCGGUUCUCCACUUACAACAGCAUCUUGUCGGCCUAUCGGUCCAAUCACUCGAACCACACGAGCCCGAACCAUGCCUACGGCCAGACGAGGCAGAAGCUGGCGGUCCCGGAGGAAGAGCUGUUACAGCAGUUUAAAAGGGAAGAGGUAUCGGCCACCGGUGGCUUCAGCGCUCACUACCUGUCCAUGUUCCUCCUGACAGCCGCCUGUCUUUUCUUCGUUCUGCUCGGCCUUAUGUACCUGCGAAUGCGGGGAUCGGGCUCAUCGGAGGUGGAUGUUAUCAUUAAGAAUCACCCUUUUGGCACUGAAUUUGAUGUUGCUUAUGAUGGUGCAGAAAAAGACACUAUUCUCAAAGUCCUGCUUCACCUGCAUGACCAUUUGGCUGCAAUUGCUGGUGAACAUGACUGUGGGGAUGACAGCCACCACCCAAACAGAAGUCUUUUGGUCAGCGAGGCAUCUGAGUAUUUAACGCUUUACAGUGCAGAAUAUGAGGACUUUUUUGCCACAGCGCUAGAGUGGGUCAUCAAAUCCGGAGAGGAUGUUGGAAUACGGUUGAUAGGCAGUGACCCAGAAGAGCAGGUAACAGACUUUUCAGACAUCGUGCGUCUGGAAUCCACCCAUCCCAAAAUGUCCUUCAUCUGCCGUUUCCGAAGGGCCUUCUUCACAGUCAUCCACCGGAUCCUCCUCUGCAUUGCAGGUAUUGCCGUAGUGUUGGGUGUUCUGUACUACAUGAAAUACCGCUGGAGAAAGGAGGAGGAAGAGACCAGACAGAUGUAUGAUAUGGUGGAGAGGAUCAUAGAUGUUUUGAGGAGUCACAGUGAGGCCUGCCAGGAAAACAAAGACCUGCAGCCCUACCUGCCUAUCCCCCAUGUGCGUGACUCACUGGUCCUGCCUCAGGACAGGAAAAAAAUGAAAAAGGUGUGGGACAGGGCAGUGGCUUUCCUUUCUGCAAACGAAUCCCGGAUCCGGACAGAAACCCAGAGGAUCCGAGGCACAGACUUCCUGGUUUGGAGAUGGAUUCAGCCCUCACUCAGCUGCGACAAGAUAUCUAUGAUACCUUCCAAAGUGUGGCAGGGCAAAGCAUUUCCGCUUGACAGAAGGAACUCCCCACCCAACAGCCUGACACCGUGCUUGAAGAUCCGCAACAUGUUUGACCCUGUAAUGGAAGUGGGUGAGAACUGGCACCUGGCCAUCCACGAAGCCAUUCUUGAGAAGUGCAGCGACAAUGAUGGGAUCGUCCACAUCGCCGUUGACAAGAACUCUCGCGAGGGAUGUGUGUACGUGAAGUGUCUGUCUGCAGAGCAUUCUGGGAAGGCCUUCAAGGCACUCCAUGGAUCCUGGUUUGAUGGCAAGCUGGUGACGGUGAAGUACCUGCGUUUGGACCGGUACCACCAGCGCUUCCCUCAAGCCCUGGGCUGCGUCACUCCCCUCAAGCCCUCCAGCAAACACAUGAACACCAUGGCGCACCUGCGACACCGCACCAGCACAGCAAACUCGCUGGGCUUCUCAUGAGAGGACUGUCCUGUACCGCGGACCCCCCUCCCCCACGAAGCUCCCCAAACCCUCCAUCCUGUUGAGGAUGAUAUCCACCUCCAACCCUCUUGCUGCUUGAACUGUCACUGGCAGCAUACGUGGGAACUCUCUGGGGCCGGCCGCUCGAGCGCAAAUGUAUGGAUGCCAUCUUGGGACACACUUCCUUUGAUAUAUAUAUUUUUUUGUAAA